AUGAAAACACAGGGCUCCGGUGGCUCAGGCUCCGGUGGCUCAGGCUCCGGUGGAUCCAGGCCCCGGUGGCUCAGGCUCCGGUGGCUCAGGCUCCGGUGGCUCAGGCUCCGGUGGCUCAGGCUCCGGUGGCUCAGGCUCCGGUGGAUCCAGGCCCCGGUGGCUCAGGCUCCGGUGGCUCAGGCCCCGGUGGAUCCAGGCCCCGGUGGCUCAGGCUCCGGUGGCUCAGGCUCCGGUGGAUCCAGGCCCCGGUGGAUCCAGGCCCCGGUGGCUCAGGCCCCGGUGGCUCAGGCUCCGGUGGCUCAGGCUCCGGUGGCUCAGGCUCCGGUGGCUCAGGCUCCGGUGGCUCAGGCUCCGGUGGCUCAGGCUCCGGUGGCUCAGGCUCCGGUGGAUCCAGGCCCCGGUGGCUCAGGCCCCGGUGGCUCAGGCCCCGGUGGAUCCAGGCCCCGGUGGCUCAGGCCCCGGUGGCUCAGGCCCCGGUGGCUCAGGCUCCGGUGGCUCAGGCCCCGGUGGCUCAGGCCCCGGUGGAUCCAGGCCCCGGUGGCUCAGGCCCCGGUGGCUCAGGCCCCGGUGGCUCAGGCCCCGGUGGCUCAGGCCCCGGUGGCUCAGGCUCCGGUGGCUCAAGCCCCGGUGGAUCCAGGCUCCGGUGGAUCCAGGCCCCGGUGGCUCAGGCUCCGGUGGCUCAGGCCCCGGUGGCUCAGGCUCCGGUGGCUCAGGCCCCGGUGGAUCCAGGCCCCGGUGGAUCCAGGCCCCGGUGGAUCCAGGCCCCGGUGGAUCCAGGCCCCGGUGGAUCCAGCCGGGUCCCCCGGUGGAUCCAGGCCCCGGUGGAUCCAGGCCCCGGUGGAUCCAGGCCCCUGUGGCUCAGGCUCCGGUGGCUCAGGCUCCGGUGGCUCAGGCUCCGGUGGAUCCAGGCCCCGGUGGCUCAGGCUCCGGUGGAUCCAGGCCCCGGUGGCUCAGGCUCCGGUGGCUCAGGCCCCGGUGGAUCCAGGCCCCGGUGGAUCCAGGCCCCGGUGGAUCCAGGCCCCGGUGGAUCCAGGCCCCGGUGGAUCCAGGCCCCGGUGGAUCCAGGCCCCUGUGGCUCAGGCUCCGGUGGCUCAGGCUCCGGUGGCUCAGGCUCCGGUGGCUCAGGCUCCGGUGGCUCAGGCUCCGGUGGAUCCAGGCCCCUGUGGCUCAGGCUCCGGUGGCUCCAGGCCCCGGUGGCUCAGGCUCCGGUGGAUCCAGGCCCCUGUGGCUCAGGCUCCGGUGGAUCCAGGCCCCGGUGGCUCAGGCUCCGGUGGCUCAGGCUCCGGUGGAUCCAGGCCCAAAGACUUAGUGAAGAAAACUGUGGCGCUGUAG